AAGCGCAGAACGUCGUAGUUGCCGCUGAGCUCUCGCGGUGCGCGGUUGAUCCGCACCAGUUCCUUGAAGUGUUCCAAGCGGCAAGUCUCUGCAGCCAGCAUGUGCUCCAGGUUUUGGAUCUCCGUCCUGCUGGGACUCGUGCUCAGUGCAAUAUCCCACACCUCCGCACAGGACUAUCGAGUGAUUUGUGGCAGGCGUAAGGUGAAAUCGGUCUAUCUUAUCCGUAAUGGGCUGGACGCAAAGCCGGGCCACUGGCCGUGGCAUGCGGCCAUUUACUAUAAGGAUACCACCAAACCACAAGGAAUCGACUAUAAAUGUGGUGGAUCCAUCAUCGACGACAACACCAUCCUAACAGCCGCUCACUGUGUGUUCACAACUGGACCGGUACGUGCAAGCAAACUGUCAAUCCACGUCGGCCGUAUUCAUGUGACGGAAGAUGCGGAGUACACCCAGAAACUUAAUGCGAAGGAUGUAAUACUGCAUCCCUCCUUCAGUGGAACUAAAAUUGACAACGAUAUUGCCCUGAUCAAGCUGGCGACGAAUAUCACCAUGACCAAGUUUGUGCAACCCGUUUGCUUGUGGAACAAGGAUGACAGUACGGAGGUGGGUAAAAUUGUCGGUAAGAACGGAACGAUCGUCGGGUUUGGCUUCACCGAGGUGAAAGCAGUCUCAAGCACGCUGAAGCAAACGUUGGUCGGUGUGGUCGAUUCAUUGACCUGCAUAGAAAGUAAUCGCGAAGUUUUCGGAAAUCAACUUACGGCCAACAUGAUUUGUGCUAGAGGACAGGAAGGUGCGAGUGCGUGUAGCGGAGACAGUGGUGGCGGUAUGUUUUUCGAAAUCGAAGGCAAGUGGUAUGUGAGGGGUAUUGUCUCCUUCAUUCCACAAUUAUCCGUCGAUGGGCUUUGCGACUCAUCAUCAUACACUGCCUUCACCGACGUGACAAAGUAUAUCGAUUGGAUUACGAAGUACAUCGAUCCUGAGAUAUUACCGCUCAGCAGGGAUGUGAUUGAAGUAGAUUAUGAUGAAAAGCUUCAGCUGUUUAAUUUGAAUACGUGCGGUAUAACAACCAACGCGGUCAUCGCCGAAGGUGCACGCUGGACAUUACCCUGGCUGGGUUAUGUUGGAAUCUACAAGUCAUCGAACGAUAGUAUCGAUAAGCGGUGUGUAGUGACGCUGCUUAAUGAAUGGUACGCUGUUGGGCCUGCACAUUGCUUCCAGAACGAUGGUUUAGAACGACGCGUUCUUUUCGGUGGUAACACCGAGCUCACACAACCGAACUGUGACAAUCGAAGGAACAAGGGCUCCUGCGAAAGUCCUACGCAAAUGCUCCAGAUCCAACGAAUAAUCAUUCAUCCGAUGUACAGUAUCAACAACACAGCGGACAAUAUAGCGCUUAUUGAGAUGCUGAAUCCGGCCGAUACAACACAACUGAAUGUACGACCCAUCUGCAUACCUAUCGUACCCAAGCUGCGGUCAAAUACCACCACGGACCUUACAAUUGCCGCUCAAACAUCAUCUCCAAAAUCUUUUAUUAGCAAACCGGUGAACUAUGUAGAUUCCGAGGUCUGUGGUAGCAAGUACUUGAAACAAGGGUUUCCUCUAUUCCUCGCGUCCAAACGACUUUGCACCCAAAUCAUUAACAGAGCUGCGCAAGACUGUAUUCAGCUCAAAACUGGCGCACCACUCCAACAGCUGAGAAGAUUCAAUGGUAAAAGGCAAUAUUUCCUACGUGGAUUCGAUAUUUUCGGGCGCUCCUGCUCCACAUCGUUGCCGUCCGUUUAUAGCAAUAUCAACACAUUCCUGGACUGGAUACUGUACAACAUGAGGCCCAAUGUUGUGGAAAAGCCGGAGGAAACAACAAACGCCGAGGACGCUGCUAUAGUGGACAGUUGGAAUCAGUUACAACAAGAGCCGGACCAGAAAAAACUCUCUCUCUUCAAUCUGGACACCUGUGGAGUGACGACUGUAAACUUCGAUAAGGGCGAUGAUCGUCCCUUCUAUCCCUGGAUGGGACUGUUGGUAACGCACAAAAACACCAUGGAACCGUUAACGUACAUCGAGAGCGCAGUGGUAUUGAUCAGCGAUCGAUACGCAAUAGCUCCAGCCCACAUUGUGAGCAACUCUGUGUCAUGGCGAUUUGUCGUUCUAGGGUACUGCAAUGCUUUGCUUUUAGUAAGCUGUGCCAAUGCACCAUGCGACCAUCUGUUCAAAAAAGUGGAAAUCAAGAACAUUCUCAUCCAUCCCUCGUACGCUGGUGACCCCAAGCGUCACAACAUCGCUCUCAUUGAGUUCAUGAAACCAGCCGAUCUGCAACAUCGUUACAUCAAACCUAUAUGUUUGCCGCUCACCAAGGAGCUACGCAAGAGCAAACCGUUGGAGUUAACGGUGAUACCGUUUAGAAACUAUGACAAUGAGAUUAGAAAUUUGACACUGAUGCUCCCCACCAGCUGUCAAGAGCGGUUUGGACAGGAAGGGUUUGUAACCACCUUGAAAGCUGCUCCACUAUGUGCGCAAGAGACAACAGUUAGUAAAGACCGUGUGACUCUUAAAUCUGGCGCUAUGCUGCAAACUUCGUCUCGGAUUGACGGACAAGAUCGAUACUUCCUCAGGGGCAUUAACAUUCUGAACGACACCUUUGAAAAGACAUACCAAUACUUGCCGUACGCGUUCACGAACACCGACUUGUAUCUUGACUGGAUAUUGGAUAAUAUGAACGACGAGUCUCAGGAGAGUAUUGCCUCCAACGAUCUAGUCGAACGUCUUUCAGUUGAUUCUGGUGCGGUCAGCCUUCCAUCAGUAAGGCAACGGUUUAAGAAGAAGCUGGUCAACCUGAACACCUGUGGAGUGUAUCCGAAAGUUGAACAGGCGACUAAUAAGCUCUACUCUCCCUGGUUGGGAUAUGUAACUGCUCAUCCCGAUCCGAAAGAUCUGCUGUGUAUGGUAAUUUUGAUAAGCGAAUGGUACACCGUGGGACCGGUUCACACUAUCAUCAAUCGUACUGACAUCAAAGUUCAGCUUGGCAGUAUGAUCGACUCAUCCGACGUGGAGUGCGAGGAAGGCGACGAGUCUACGCUUUGCGAUCCUGAGCUGCAGCGCAUUCCCACCACGAGAAUGAUUGUUCAUCCGCACUUCAACCCUUCAGAUUACAGUAACGACAUCAUGCUGCUGCAACUCUCACGAUCGGUGCGAAAACCACAAAUCAAUCCGAUCUGCUUGCCGGUUGACGAUCAGAUUCGAAGCUACGAUAUUGCAAACGUAAGAGGCCACGCCUUCAACUUGGUCUCAUUGAACUUCGUUGCAAAGAAGCUGGACGAACACACGUACAUUCCCUCUUCCGAGUGUCAAAAGCGGUGGAACCAACUGGCACUGAACUGGCAGCUCGAAAACGUCACCCAAUGUGUAGUGGCUCAAUUUUCACCGAACACGGAAUGUUUGACGACACUGCCCGGCUUCCCUGUGUACACGCUUCAAAAUAUCAAUGGCAGAGACCGACUGUUCCUGCGCGGUUUUGCCAAGGCAUGGCCACAUUUCUGCAGUAAAUACUAUCCCGUCAUUUACACCAACAUCGACACUUACUCGGACUGGAUACUGCAGAACAUGGAUGCUAGCUUAGAUUAUCAACAACUUUCGUUCGAUCUGCAUAAGGAACUAUUAUUUACGUAGAGCGUACCUAAUCAGGUGAAUCUCUUUGGUUGGAUCUUGCUUGUGCUUAACGUUCGCGUGUUUGCUUCCCUGCGAAGCAUUAGUAUAAAAGCAUAAGAUCACAAAAAGAGUCUAUUUUCAAGUACAAUUUCACAAAACAAUAAAUUACAAUACGAUGGUAAGAGCA